UGCGCCGUCUCUGGGCUUUGACAUCUGUGCUCUGGGGAUGGGAAAGGAUCUUAGUUCUCACAGAGUGUCUGUAUUUCUAUCUGAUCAAUGCCUGAUUCGUGCUGCAGUUCAAACCGGUCGUUGAUAGUGUGAACAGACCUGUGAAGCUGAGGCCGGCGAAGAUCGAUGCGUGCAUCGUGGACUUUUAUUCUUUGAAUUUGCCUCCUCCAAGGAGUUAAUGUUUGCCGCGAAGUGGGAGGAUAACAUCAGGCUCACGUUCAUCUCGAGCGGCGGCCUGUCAAAAUUUAUAUUUGAAAACGCCAGUUUUAUUUUGUUGCUUAGGAUUGUUUUGAAGCAGAGAAAUCGGUUUUCGGAGGAGGCGGCGGCGUGUGACGUGGCGCAGCAACUGACAUGGAGCCCGGGGAGGAAAUAGACAUGGACGUUAUGAAACCUCUAAUUGAAGUGACUCAUAGUUCCGAAGGUGUAUCAGAUGAAGAACAAGAACCUGAAUUAACAGACUUACAAUUACGACAACCUGCUGAUGAAGAGGGAAUUUCGUUUACCCAGACAUUGAUUCAUUUGUUGAAAGGAAACAUUGGAACUGGGCUUCUAGGUUUGCCACUUGCAGUCAAAAAUGCAGGUCUUUUGCUAGGACCAGUCAGUCUUGUGCUCAUGGGAAUUGUGGCAAUUCAUUGUAUGCAUGUUGUAGUCCGCUGUAGUCAUCACUUCUGUCAAAGAUUUCAAAAACAAGGUCUGAGUUAUGGUGACACAGUUACAUUUGCUUUGGAACAAGGACCACUCUUUUUUCUUCGAAGCAAAGCUUCAUGGGGAAGGGUGACUGUUGAGUUCUUCCUCAUCAUUACACAACUUGGAUUUUGCUCAGUUUAUUUUGUUUUCCUUGCUGCUAACAUGAAACAGGUGGUGGAAGGAUUUCUGAAGAAUCAUACAAAUUACAAUGACUUGAACAUUACCAGCAGUCCACCUGAUGAGUGGAACGUUGAUGCAAGGAUAUACAUGCUGAGCUUACUUCCUUUUUUGAUCAUUUUUGUUUUUAUUCGUGAUCUCAAGUACCUUGCAGUAUUCUCUUUUUUGGCAAAUCUCUCAAUGGCUGUCAGUCUUGUUAUCAUCUAUCAGUAUAUUAUUAGGGACAUGCCUCAUCUAGGGAAGCUUCCUUUGGUUGCCAGUUGGAAAAAAUAUCCGCUUUUCUUUGGCUCUGCAAUAUUUGCUUUCGAAGGAAUUGGGUUGGUUCUUCCUUUAGAAAAUAAAAUGAAGCAAAGAAAACGUUUUCCACGAGCACUAAACAUUGGAAUGGGCAUCGUCACAGCUUUGUAUGUUUCAUUGGCUACUCUUGGGUAUCUGCACUUUGGUGAUCGUGUUCAGGGCAGUAUCACAUUAAACCUUCCACAACACAUAUGGUGUAGUAAGGGAUGACGUCAUCCUUUUGUGAAGUGGCCUUUGGAGCAUCCUGCAAUUGAGAUGACGUCUUCCUACCUGCGUCCCUUCUCUUCCUCUGCUGCUCCCUUCUCAGGCAAGAUGAUAGUACCUUCUUCUGAGGUAUCAGCGAUGGAUUGGGAUGUAGAAUGUUUGAAUAUUUUUGGAUUGCCAGCAUAUUGAAAGUAUUCUUUUUGAAGACUUGAAUAAGACAUUUGACAACUAUCUGUUGACCAAGUCUGUGAUUGUAGAUAAAAGUAGAACUGAAAAGUGAUUUGAAACUGUUACAUAGUGUUAUGGAUAUCCAUAUCUAGUAAACUUACAUGAUGCACUGUCUAAAUGGUUGACCUUAAUGCAUCAUAUCAUUUUAGUAUGAAAGUGACAGUACCAAACCUGAACUUUUUAUCAGAAUGCUUUCCUCAUUAUUUGAUCAAUUGAAAAUUAUGGUUACUCGUGCUAUGUUGUUGUUUGAGGAUGUGGUAUUUUCUGCCUCUUCCUUGAAGUUUAAUUUGCACUAGCUUCCCAAUUAUGUAACUGGGGUAUUGAAAGUGCCUUGCAGUCUUCUAGGUCCCCUUUUAUUUUUAAAACUUUUUUCCACUACAAUGAGCCAUUAGUUGUCCAUCAACUGCAGGUAAUGAGCAUUUGAAGCAUAUGUAAUUUUCCUCCAAGCCAGUCAUUCUGAUUUGGAACUGGACUCAUUCCUUCACUGCUGAGAGAUAAAAUCCUGGAACUUCUUUUCAGCAGCACCAUGGGUGUACCUGCACCAGAUGCACAGCAGCAGUUCAUGAGGGUGACGAAAUAACCUUCUUGAGUGCAGUUAGGCAUGUACAACAAGUGGCUGGCUAUGUCAGCACUGCCCAAACCCGUGGAAGAAUAAAAAGCUAUUUUGAUAUAAAGCUCUUGUUCUUCAGGCAUUUUCUUGUAUGUCAGGUAAUUACACUUCAUGCCAAAGGAACACCACCUUAGAUGCUUUAGAUGUUUUCAAAAUUGGUUUAAGCUCAACUUCCUGAGGACAACAUGGAAAUCUAUUGAUUUAGAUGCCCUUGGCAAUGUUGUUGUUGUUGUUGUUGUUAAUGGACCUGGAAUGUUGGCAACACUACAAAUGGAGCAUUACCUCUCCCUUUGGACCAGUGAUGUUGCUGUGCUCUUCGAAAAGUAGAAAUGCUGCUUUUAACAAUUGAUACUAAAACACAUGACAAGCCAGCAGCUAAGACACA